CAGCAUCCACAUUUCCACGCACACACACUCUAGCAUCCCGUCUCUUCCACUCUUGGAUUCAACCCAGAAUUUGGGGACGCGUCCACCUGCGCGCGCGCGCGCGCCUCGCCCUCGCUCCAUUGACAAGCACGAGGUCUGCAUUCUGAUUGGUCCUGAUGGUUAUAAAAACGCACCUCCACCACCGCACAGUGUAUCCAGAGAAGAAAGAUGUGAUAUUCUACAAAAUUAAGGAAUUUCAGCAUUUGGAAACCUGUAAGACACAAACCACUUACAAUCAUUUAGAUGGAGGAAAGGGAGAGAAGUAGGAGCCGCUCCCCACGUAGGGUACGUCGCGUAGAACAGGUUGUAGGGAGAUGGCUGCGCCGGUCAAGAGACUCCCUCAGCAGGGAGCGUAUUCUGGGGGACAGGAAAUCGGGACGUUCAGACGAUGGCAGUCAACAGCAUUUCCCAGUGAAGGAGACAGUGGAGGUGAUCAGAGACGCUGUGCUCGACUCUCAUGGCUUCACACUCUCCACACAGCUCCCCCUGCUGGUCAGGGAUGUUAUUCCAGGAGGACCAGCAGAUGGACGCCUCUUACCAGGUGAUCAAGUACUGAAAGUUAAUAACAAAGCCAUUGACGACUUGUCUCCUGAACAUAUUGACAACAUGAUUAGGCAGUGCCAGGAUUCUGUAACCGUGACCGUCCUCAGAAACAUGUUGAACCCCAAGUCCUCGUUUUUGUCGGCUGAAAAGAGAGCUCGUCUGAAAAGAAAUCCGGUUAAAGUGCGCUUCGCUGAGGAAGUAUUAGUCAACGGACACACUCAGGGAAACUCUCUUCUCUUCCUCCCCAAUGUGCUUAAGGUGUACCUGGAGAAUGGGCAAACCAAAGCCUUUAAAUUUGAUAAGACCACCACAGUCAAGGACAUUGUGCUGACAUUAAAGGACAAGCUGUCUAUUCGAUCUAUUGAGUAUUUCUCCCUGGUGCUGGAGCAGCAAUACAGCAUCACCAAACUACUAUUACUGCAUGAAGAUGAGCACAUACAGAAGGUGGUCCAGAAGAAGGAUUCGCAUGAUUACAGAUGUCUGUUCCGAGUGUGUUUUAUCCCCCGAGAUCCAGUGGACCUGCUGCAUGAUGACCCAGUCGCCUUUGAGUAUCUCUUUCAUCAGAGCGUUGGGGAUGUGCUUCAGGAGCGAUUCGCAGUAGAGAUGAAAUGUAAUACUGCUUUAAGGCUAGCAGCUCUGCAUAUGCAUGAAAGGUUGGCCAGCUGUGGACAAACUACCCGAGCAUCUAUCAAAAAUAUUAUUAAGGAGUUUGGAAUGGAGAGUUUUAUUUCACCCACAUUACUGAGGAACAUGAGAGAAAAAGAUCUGCGGAAAGCUCUUACAGGUCAUAUGAAGAAAAUCCAGUCACUGCUCGAACCGCGUCAAAAGGUUAUCUCAGUGCCUCAGGCCAGGUUGGCAUAUCUAACUCAGAUGGCAGAACUGAUAUCAUAUAGUGGGAGAAGCUACAAUGCCACCAUGCUGCUGCAGGACAGGGAGUCGUUGGUGAGUUUGUUGGUGGGAGCGCGAUUCGGUGUCAGUCAGAUACUGAAUCACAAGCUGAACAUGAUCUCGACUAUAAUAGACUUCCAUUAUAUCAGCCGCGUAGAAGUUCUUUCUGAGUCUGACCGGGUCAGCAUGCUUAAGAUCUAUCUACAUGAUAUUCAGCCCUUGGCCUUGUUAAUGGAUUCUGUAGCUGCUAAAGACUUGGCAUGUCUGCUGGCAGGCUAUUGCAAAUUAUUAGUAGAUCCCAAUAUGAACGUGUUCCGCUGGGGCUCUCGUCCCAAAAUACGUCGUAUACCCUUAGAAGAAGGCUUUGGAUUCCGCUGCGGCAGUGAUUCAGAAGAGAGCUCAGAUGAGGACUACUCCAUGGACAACCUGCUGGACACACCAGUCUCUGAGGACACGGUCUCCACCCAAACAAACGAUGACCGGGAAGAUGAGAAGGAGGACGAAAGUCAAGAGGCCAAGGCGGACACAAUAAGAGUGAUUGUCACUCGGACAGAAGAAGAGGAGAAUGUAGCAGAAGGUGCUCUAGAAGGAACAAGUACAAGUGGCUCUAUCGAGGAUGAGGAAUAUGCAGCAAGAGUAGAUGCACUUCUGGAAACAGGAUGGUACACAGACCCAAGAGUCAACAGCAGCUUCUCUAGUCUGUCCAGUAACUCGUUUAACACUCUUGAUGAGAUUAGCAAAAUAUCUUCUAUAUGGCCUGCUCGUUUGGAUGCUUUUCAGGAGGAGAUGCCCAAAUCGGACCAGGCAACUGGGGCCUCCAGCCUAGAUGUCCACCAUCCUUAUCUACUAGAGAUCCACGAACACCCAAACCAGGAAGAGAAAUUAAAACCUCCCUCUAAGUUGCUCUACGAUAAGCACAGUGGCCUGCGAUACAGUGACCUCUCUCAAUUGUCUGACUCCCUUCCAAGCCCACCGGAAGCAAGUGAUGAUGCUCUGAGUGAUUUGGAAGAGAUUAAUAGGGAUGAAAACAAAAAUUAUAGACCCGCAGACAUUGACGCUGUGCUGGCUUUGGGUAGUAGUAACAGCAUAAAAUCUUCUGUAGCUGGCUUCAACGUGCAAGCACUUUUAGCAAGAAUCCGCAACCAUCCAGCAUGUAAGAAGGAUUUGAGAAAUUCUAACCUCCAGCAGAAAGAAGAAGCCAGAUCUAAAGGGCCUUUGUCCAGACCAAAAGUUCAACCUCCACCUCCACCAUCAAGGACGGUAUUUAGAAUUUCUGAAAUAGCAAAGGACAUCAGAAACAGUGGGUCAGAAUCAGACGAUGAGUUUUAUGAUGCACAGGAUCGUCUUACUCCACCAAUCAUGGAACAACCAACAGAGAAGAAAAUUAAUGUGAAUGGUAUGGAACAAGCUCUGAAACAGACUGAUGCAAAAAUCAGUGUGGAGCAACCAGCAGCGCCCAAGAUGCAGAGUCAGUUGUACAAGCCACACAACGCCAAUUCUUUAUCUAUGGGUACAAACAACACUCCUGCAAAAAAUAUUCUUCAUACUAGAGAGCUGGAGGGUCACCAGCCCUCAGUGAUUCAGGUUCCUCAAGCAGCCAUGCACGAACCAAUCUCAAAUAAUAACAUCUUGGAGAAAAAGGGCCAGCAAUGUAACGGAGAUAUUACUGGCCGCAAUGCUCAUAUAUCUUCUGAGCUUUUGGAGAUGGAGCCAGACACAAUGGAGUUUAAACCCGUGACUACAGCUGGACCACCAUGUUCUUCCCCCUUAAUCACAGCAGUGCGGCAAACUAAAUAUGAGGUACUAACUACAGUGGAUCCAGGAACAUUUUCAAAUGAUACUCAAAAUAUCACAAAACCGCUAGAAUCUAAAAAAGAUGAAAUAGUUAAAGAAGAACUUCAAUCAGAGCCUCCUCUACAGCCCAAGGAAGAAGUUGUUUUUAUGAAACCCCCUGAACCUGACAAACCCAUAGUUUCUGAAUCAUCAACUGGUCUAUCUCUGAAAACUGAAGAUGAGAAACCAGCAAAUGGGAUUUCUUUGCGUACCUGGUCCCAGCGGAACGGAGGCACACAAGGCCCUCCUCUGAGUAAAGGUGUCUCUCUAAGCCAUGAGAAUCUUAAAUGCCAACUAAGGAAUGAGAAUGCCGCAGUCACAGUGACUAACACUUUCACUCUUACAGCCACUCCACCUCCAUCUGUGGCUAUGAGAGCCUCUGUAAGCAUGGAACCCAAAGAUCAUUUUGGGAUUGGAAGGAGUUUCAGCAACAGAAGUUCUUCUGGGCGCCUGCCUGCUUCAGCACUACGUGGAAAGAUCCAGGACAUGCCCUGGUAUCUCACCAGAUCCCAGGAAAUUUUGGGGACAGUGGCACUCAGCAGGGAUAAAUUAGCAGACACUAACAAUGAUACAGCUGAGUUCAAUGACUCUAAAAAGGAAUCUCCAAAAUCCACUUCAGUACCUGCUUUGAAUUAUUGGAAAGAGAAAGAUGCUGAGGUGGUUGUUGUGAAGCUCAAAGAUGGACCACAAGAAGUGGCCUCACAUGUAAAAGACACAGGUGGGAAAACCUCUGAUGGGAAACUGUCUGGUCAUUCAGACCUGAGGCAGAAUGGGUUACAAGGCUCCACUGAACUUUUUCCACACUUGGGAACAUGCAGGUCUGAACAGCCCAAGUCUCAAAAACUCACUGGUUCAAAGGAUAAUCUGGAAAGGCCAUCUCCUCCAUCUAGUACUGGCACACCCCACCGUGAUGCAUGUGGGUGCCAUACUGUUUAUGCCAAUUGCUUUAGUGGGGAUUCUGAGGAUUUGUGUGGUUUUGAUGAUGACCUAACAGUGUACGAGUUCUCCCGUCAGAAACGAAUCAACAAACCACCCCAGAUCUCAACUGAACCUUCCUCAGCCCCUUCUUCCAACAUCCUGUCUCUGUUAAGAGACUCCCCUUACCCCCUUUCAACCUCUUCUGAGCUUAGUCCUCUCUUUACCCCUCCCCGGUCUAGACCGCUGGGUUACAGCCUGUUGGACAAUCCACUACGGGAUCUUCAAGAAAGACGAUACGUAACAGGCCCAAAGGGUACCGGGCUUAAAGGAGGAUACAUGUCCCUGCAUAAAGAUAUUGAUGAGCUUCUCCUGGUGCUUAAGAAUGGCGAGAGUGCAAUAAAUCCUCCAGGCCAGAAGGGGCAGUGUCAAAAGGCUAAUAAUAUAAAUGGCAAUUCCUUCUCCGAAACAGAACGCUGUUUAGUGCAGGCUGAGGCACGGAGGCUGGCGUCAGGAUGUCAGCGUGCCACGCGAGUCGGUUGGGCACCGGACGAUGCUCUUCUCUCAUUGGGCAAUAGUUUCGGAGCUUUGGUACAUCUAGCAGCAGCUUGCCUUCAAAUGUCCUGUUCAGACUGUGGAAGUUGCCAUGGUGACAUUGAUGGCACUGAGGCUCUACGGAAGCUUCAAGAGAUUGUGUGUCUGUACAAAGAGUUUGUGAUAGCUGUAGAAACAGCCCGUGAGGGGGAGGGCGUCAGGUUGUUAGCUAAACAAUGUACAGUUCUCAUUUCUACAGUCUUCUCUCUAACACAGCUCUUCAGGACACACACGCCAGACACAGACAAUAGACAUUUAACACUAAAUUUCUGAACUUGGACCUUUAGAGUGAAUCAAAACAGAGAACUUAAAAAGAGAAGAGUAAUGCUUUUCUUUGGAUUUACAGACUUUAAAUGUGUGCUGGCACACAUAAAACAAAAGUAAGUGCCGUGUAAACACACACACACACACACACCCACACACACACACAAACACAAAAUCUCAGUCAAACCCAUUUACAGGCAAAUAAGUCUACCAAAAUGUAGAACCUUUGUCCACUCAAACUGUUGGUCUUGCCAAGUCUCCUUAUGAACUUUAAACAGGAUAUGGUUUUAUUGAUACACACAGGAACUAUUUUCUAACAAUAUCUUAUUUCUUUAAGUAUGUAUUCAAGUACUUAUUUAUUUUUACAAACUAAGUGUACGCACCGUGGAUUAUAACCUAUACCUACAUUUCUGUUUUGUUGUAUGUAAAGUCCUACCUCUUGGUCUAAUAACUAGUGAAAACUGAAAGAAAUAGACAGUGUUAUGGUGUCUAGUGUCUGUAUUUUUUUGUACUGCUCUUCACUGAUUUAAGCAUGGUACUUCAUAAGACGGACAAGGCAGACACCGACCCCCUGUUUUCUCCCAACUGACCAUGUGUACAUAGGAUAGAUGCUAGAGAAAGGAUGUAUAAAACAUAGUCAGUUACAUUUCAAUUGUGUGCAGUAAUUUAUCAACUCACUUUCUAAAGUUUGUCUUCUUUCUUUUUGAUUGAAAGCUGGCGGAGAUGGGAAUUAACGGAUGUUGAGAGAAUUUUGAAAGUGUUUUCUAUCAAUACGUCAUGAACCUUUUAUGUUUUUUUUUUUUUCCAUUGGCAAGUUAGCUUACUAUUAAUGGUAGCAAUCAGUUUUAUCCAAAGAUGAUACAGCACAAGGUGCUUUGUCAUUGUGACCAUUCAUUUCUAGCACUAGUCAAACUUCACUCUUUUUUAACUUAUUUUAUUACUAUGCAAGUGUCACUAAUUCAUAGGUGUUAACAAAGUUUUUGUAUCGAACAUCACUCAUAUCUGAUCAAAACUGUUUUGAUAAUGGGGCUUCCCAAAUGAACCUAAGCCUUAUUCUUGAUCUAGACAUACUUUCAUGGAGAUCAAGGUCAAAUUAAAUACUUAUGCAAUUGCAACCUGGGUCAUAAUUCGCCUUCUGAUGAUUGGGGUAAAAAAAGGUAUUACUACUAGUUCUUCAGUAGGCAGUCCAAAUUUGAGUAAGUGUUCUGCAUUUUAUUAAGUAUGUUCAAAGUCAUUGUGUCAUAAAACAUUGUACCUUUAGAGCCAAUUAAAGCUCUGCAUGGUCACUGGUAGCAUUCAUUAUUUCAUCUUUUAUGUAAAACUAAAAUCAGAGGUUUGAAUCUGCAUGAGAGAGCCUGUUCUAUAUCAGUGCAAACUGUCAGUUCUGGAAGAUGAUAAACAGAUAAUUUAACCAAGUCCUUAUAGCUUGUUGCACUUAAUUGAUCAAUUAUGAAUAUAUGGUUUAAAUUAAGUCAUUACAUUAUAGGAGAGCUUCCAGAUAUUGUUUGUAAAAAUAAUACAAAGUUCAACAUUACAAAGUUGUGUUUGAGGCAACCGGUCACGCAUAUAAGAGUAGCAUAAAAUAAAUAAAUAGAAAAAUGCAGAAAGAGUUUUCUUAUGCUGACUCACAAAUGCAUAUGUGGUCUUAUCUGUUAAUAUGCCAGCACAAGUUAUGACACUAAUUGUUACACUGACAAAGAUGUCUAUCAGCCAUAUCAAUCUACCUGAAUGAGGAAAACCUCAAACGCUCCUGUAGCUCUUCUUUUCUGUCAUAAUUGUAGCAAAUAAAAAUAAAAAACUAUACGAAAUUAAUCUUUGUACACGGACAGCUUGCAUUCGGAAUCCACGUAGCUCUGAACAGUGAGAAAUUGUCUGAGUAAUGAAGGGACAAUCCUGAAGUCAUUUUGCAUUCCUUCUA